GCCCACACUCGCCCACUCGCUCUCCCGCAAAAAGCUGAUAAACCAAACCGAACUUUUGCCCAAGUGCAGUUUUAUUUAAUCAGUGUGCAAAGACGCGUUGUUUGGUAACGCCGGCCGACGGCUCAGCGAAAUAGAGAAAACAAAAUAUAUAUAUAUAUAUGUAUAUUGUAUUAUAUUAAAUAAGAAACACAUAUUUUUUUUCAAGUCCCACGCGAGUGAGCAACAAAACAAAACAUAAAAAAAACCCCUAUCAAAAUUGUGCACAAAUAGACCCGAUUCAUGGCCUAAACUACAGACCAUAAUGGUUUUGGAGACCUCCGAGGGCGAUACCAAAAAGUUCCUGACCAACAUAAACAACAACAACAACAACUCGAGUGCCAGCCGAAACAACAACAACAAUCACAGUCCCAAGGAGCCUGCGGAAGAGACUGCUGGAAGGAGUAGUAGUAGUGGUAGUUGUAGUGCCAGUGCCCACCGUAGUUCCAGUUCCAGUUCCAGUCAGCAUCUUCUGCUCGGUGGAUCCGGUUCGGGGUCCGCUUCCAGCGCCACAUCCGUAUCCGUUUCCGGCGUUUGCGGCAUGCCCUCCGAGGGCCUCCACCCGACGGCCGCCCUCCAGCUGUAUGCCGCCGCCGCCCAACUGGCCCCCGGCGGCGUUCGCGUCCCGCCCUGGGGUCCCUUCCUGCAGUUCGGCGUACCCGGCGUCUUCGGGCCCAACGGCCCGUUUUUGGGGCGUCCCCGUUUCGAUGCGGCCGCCGGUGCCGGCGGUCAUCCCAACUCCGCUGCCGCCGCUGCGGCCGCCACACAAAUGGCGGCGGUAAAUGCGAGCAAUGCAUUUGCCAAUCUAACGGGACUGAGUGCGGCGGCCCUGCGAAACGUGAGCGCCGCCCAAACGACGGCGGUGGCAGCGGUCGCCAGCACAGUGGCCACCAUCCAGCACCGACUGAUGAUCGGCAACCGGCAGAGCCUGCCGCCGGCGGGACCGCCCAGCGAAGGAUCCAACGAGGAUGGCGGUUUUCCCGGGGACGGCGACGACGACAGCAGUGCGGCCAAGCGGCGAAGGUCCCGGACCAACUUCAACUCCUGGCAACUGGAGGAGCUGGAGAGGGCCUUCUCCGCCAGCCACUAUCCGGACAUCUUCAUGCGGGAGGCCCUGGCCAUGAGGCUGGACCUCAAGGAGUCGCGAGUUGCGGUAUGGUUCCAGAAUCGACGGGCCAAGGUGCGUAAGCGCGAGCACACGAAGAAGGGUCCUGGCCGCCCCGCCCACAACGCCCAGCCGCAGACCUGCAGCGGCGAACCGAUUCCGCCCAACGAGCUCAAAGCCAAAGAGCGAGCCCGUCGCCGAAAGAAACUGGCCAAGGCCAUUGACCGGCAGGCCCGGAAACUGCAGGCCAAAGGCAUCACCGUGGACCUGGAGGCCCUGAAGGCCGAGUACAUAUCACAGCACAAGGCGAACGGCACCUUCUCCGAUUCGGAUCUCGAGGACGAUGGCAUCCAGAUCGACGUGGUGGGCGGUACGGAUAGCGACGACGAGGGCGACAGCGAUGCCGUCAGUCCGGUGCGUUUCGGUGGUGGAGGAGGAGGAGGUGGCGGCGGCGGCGGAGGAAGUGGCUCCCAGCAGAACUCGUCGAUCCAUUGUGGUGGCCUGGAUAACGAUGGCGACAGUUCGCGGGCGGGCAGCUUCAUCGGCGGCGGCAGCCUGGGCAGCCCCAGUUCGGUGGCCCCGCCCUCGAUGCUCUCGAAUGGGGCGGCCGGCGGAGGAGGCGGCGGCGGCUCCAUCUUUGGCAAGCUGGAGCCCAUGGACGGCAAUGAGUCCGAGGAGCGGGACAGGGAGCGGGACUCGCCGAAGCCGCUGCUAUUUCCCGCCAAGGCCUUCCACCAACUGAACCUGCAGAACAGCCAGCAGCACCACGGCGGCGGCGGCGGCCUGGUGGGCCAGGGUCAGGGGUCAGGACACGGCCACGGCCAUGGGCACCACCACAACCACCAGCACCACCACCUUCACCAUGGCAGCGCUUCCGCCUCGGCGGCGGCGGCGGCUGUGGCCAAUCUGGUCCACCAAACGUCUCCGAUCAGCAUGCGCCGGAGCAAUCCCUUCAGCAUCGAGUCCCUGCUGUUCAACAACACGUGAGGCAACCACGCAAGGAUCACGAUCCACGUUCACCUGGACAUCCCGGAACACUUCAACAUCCCCCUGAUUUUCGCGUUCCUAGAAUAGGUUGCUCAAUUUCAAUCCAACUCUAUCCACUCUCAGUUUUCACCACAUAUGUAUCUUCGGUUCAGAGCUUGAAUAUUCCCUAAGUGAUUUAUUUAUUCAAAUGUAUUUUGUAAUGUAUUUUUUUUUUUGUAUUUUUUUGUAGUACACCUUGUUCCCAGAGAGAGACUAAAUUAGUGUUGUAAAUGAAUUUAUUAUUUGUACUUCGUAUAUAUAUAUAUAUAUAAAUAAACUUUUUUUUAGAGUGGCUGAUGCCCAAAGCA